CAAAAAAAAAGAAACGGAAAAAGACAGGUGAAGGCUGAAUCAGCAACUGCGAUUUGAAAACCCUAAAGAAGCUCAUUUGACUCGUCUGACUGUCUUGUGAGAGAAGGGAAAGAGAGCAAGAGAGAACUCGAAUCUUGAAUCGACUCCAUCGUCACUAUCAAUCUUCUUCAGACCUGUGUAGGGUGUAUAUCUAUCAGGUGUCUACCUUUGCUGAAAAUGGCAGAUGGUCAGGAAUCAGAUAAGAAUAUUGAAAUAUGGAAAAUCAAAAAGUUGAUCAAGGCAUUGGAGUCAGCGAGGGGUAAUGGUACGAGCAUGAUAUCUCUUAUAAUGCCUCCUCGUGAUCAAAUAUCUCGGGUCACAAAGAUGCUGGGUGAUGAAUUUGGAACUGCUUCAAACAUUAAAAGUAGGGUCAACCGGCAGUCUGUCUUGGCUGCCAUUACAUCUGCUCAACAGAGGUUGAAGCUGUAUAACAAGGUUCCUCCCAAUGGGCUGGUGCUUUAUACAGGAACAGUUGUUACUGAAGAUGGGAAGGAAAAGAAGGUGACAAUUGAUUUUGAGCCUUUCAAGCCUAUAAAUGCAUCGCUUUACCUUUGUGACAACAAGUUCCACACAGAAGCACUUAACGAACUCUUAGAAUCUGAUGACAAGUUUGGUUUUAUUGUCAUGGAUGGAAACGGCACCCUGUUUGGAACAUUAAGUGGUAACACACGAGAAGUGCUUCAUAAAUUCACUGUUGAUCUACCGAAGAAGCAUGGAAGAGGAGGGCAGUCUGCACUUCGUUUUGCUCGCCUUCGGAUGGAAAAACGACACAACUAUGUCAGGAAAACUGCAGAGCUUGCCACACAGUUCUUCAUUAAUCCUGCGACCAGUCAGCCAAAUGUUUCUGGGCUGAUAUUGGCUGGUUCAGCUGACUUCAAGACUGAAUUGAGCCAGUCAGAUAUGUUCGAUCCUCGUUUGCAAGCAAAGAUAUUGAAUGUGGUUGAUGUUUCUUAUGGGGGAGAGAACGGUUUCAACCAAGCUAUUGAGCUGUCAGCUGAAAUUCUAUCAAAUGUAAAAUUCAUACAGGAAAAACGCCUGAUUGGGAAAUACUUUGAGGAGAUCAGCCAAGACACUGGAAAGUAUGUCUUUGGUGUUGAUGACACGCUGAAGGCUCUAGAAAUGGGUGCUGUUGAAACCCUUAUUGUGUGGGAAAAUCUAGAUAUUAAUCGCUAUGCUCUUAAAAACAGUGUUACUGGUGAAAUAAUUAUAAAGCACUUGAACAAGGAGCAAGAGGCUGAUCAGAGUAACUUCAGGGAUUCGGCCAGCUCUGCUGAGUUGGAGGUUCAGGAAAAGAUGCCUUUGCUGGAGUGGUUUGCCAAUGAAUACAAGCGUUUUGGUUGUUCGCUUGAAUUUGUUACAAACAAAUCUCAAGAGGGAUCACAGUUUUGCAGAGGAUUUGGUGGAAUUGGGGGUAUUCUCCGCUACCAGCUCGACAUUAGAUCUUUUGAUGAGUUGUCUGAUGAUGGAGCAGUUUAUGAGGAUUCUGAUUAAGAGUUAGGAUUGAGGCUAAGAGUUCAUACGCCAUGUUGAUGAAUGAUGUGGAAGCCUGUAUCAGUGUGAUGGAUCUUUGUUACUGAUAUUGCAAGAAACUUCAUACAAAUAAUUUUCUUACAUUGCUGCUUUUCAUUUGAAUGUUUAAAAUGUUUCAAUGAUUCCCCAUUUUAAUUUCUCAACUCUUCGGAUUUUUUUUCCUUCGGGUUUUGUGCAAUGUGCCAAAUUAUUAUGGUUUUUUUGCGGAC